AUGUUUGGAAACGUGUCCCGGUGCCGCCUGCGGGGCCUCUCCACUGGAUACCUCCCCCUCGAGGGCAACUUGCACCCCGGGGCCCGGGCGGCUCCCAGCUCCCCGCCACCAGGCACCCAGAGUGUCCCAGCUGCGAGGACACAGCGCAGAGGGGUCUGUGCGCCCGCGGGGGGCCGCGUCGUGUGCCGGGCAGGGGCGAGUCCUGGCCCCAGCCCCGCCCAGCCUGAGCCAGAGCUGGAAAUAUCCCCAAACCCGUGCUAUCAGAUGUUGCCGGGGAGAGUGAUCGAAUGCCUGGAGGAUGAGAAGGCGGCCCUCACCGCGGUCAUGGCUGACCGGCUGCGGGACUACCAGGAGCUGGUGCAGGUGAAGACCGGCCUCAGCCUGGAGGUGGCGACCUAUCGGGCCUUACUGGAAGGAGAAAGUAACCCAGAGAUUCUGAUCUGGACAAAGCACAUUGAAACCAUGCCACAAGAAUUCAGAAACACAUCCUAUUGCUACAGUGACUCUGUGCUACAGAGGGAAAACGAGAGAAAUCGCUUCCCCCGGCAGAAAGUGCCCCUGGCGAAUUUAAAUCACGGCUCGGCACUUCAUUCUAACCUGUCAGGGCACUUGGGGUCGCAAACAACCACAUCGAUGGAAAGUGCCGGAAGGAGAGGGUUCCCGGGCUCAAGCCCUUCCUCUGUGUCUACUACCUGGCAAGAGAACUCUUACGAAAAAACCAUCAGCAGUCAAACCAAUUCCAGAACUUUCUCUCCAACCUAUGGUCUCUCAAGAAAUACUGAUGUGUCAGUGAAGACAUUCCCCGACAGAUCAAAGACGGAAGGGAGGAGGGAUGUCUCCACGGUUGUCCAAGAAUCCCACCGAGAACGCCGAGACAGGGCCGUGGCAGGUGCUUCUGAAAGCACGCGCUCAAAGGAGAGGACUGUCAUUUUGGAAAAGAAAACAGAAGUGGAUGUCACGAGGGAGCGAGAAAGAAAUAGGCCGGGAGCCAUCAGAAAAAAACAAGAAGAGAUGCUGUUUGAUUCUAAAGAGAAGGCUUCAGAAGAAAGAAACUUACGAUGGGAAGAGCUGACCAAGUUAGAUAAGGAGGCGAGGAAGAGGGAAAUGCAGCAAAUGAACGAGAAAGCCAAAGGGAAGGACGCACUGAAGGAGAGACACGUGAAGGGAAGGGACAUUCCAAUUCAUCUGGAAGGACCCCAGGCCCGCAGGCCUGCAGAGGUGACCCCCAAAGGUUUGCAGAUGCCUGUAAAGAAGGAUGCUGAUGAUGGCUCGGGGAGACAGAAGGAAACGAGAGAGGCAAGAUUUAAGCUGAGCCCCAGUGACCCCGCUGACUCUCUGGAGGGUGACUCGACGACAGAAACCGUAGCAGAAAACAUCGUCACCAGCAUCCUCAAACAGUUCACCCAGACUUCCAACACCGAGGCAACUGCUAACUCUUUUCCAGACACAAAAGUCAUUUAUGUGGAGAAGAAAGAACUUCCGGGGGAUAAGAAAACUAAGACCGAGAUUGUCCUGGAAUCUAAACUGACGGAAGACGUUGAUAUUUCAGAUCAAGCCGGUCUGGACUACCUCUUGAGCAAAGAAGCCAAGGAAGUAGGGCUGAAAGGGAAGUCGACUGAGCAGAUGAUCGGAGACAUCAUCAACCUUGGUCUGAAAGGCAGAGACGGUCGGGCCAGGGUUGUCAACGUGGAGAUCGUAGAGGAGCCCAUGAGCUAUGUCGGGGGCGAGAAGGCAGGGGAGUUCUCCACCCCCUUCGAAGUGGAGGAGGUCGAUGACGUAUCUCCGGACCCCAAGAGGUUUACUGAGGAAGAGGGGAGUUAUGGAGAAACCGAUGGAACAUUCUUGGGUCAUCCACGCCAUCGGACCAGGCAAGAGAAUGUCACUCACUUUGAAGAGGUGAUGGAAGCAGGUGACUCGGAGGGAGAACAGAGUUAUUUUGUGUCAACUCCAGAGGAGCACCCCGGGGGGCCUGACAGGGACGAUGACGAGGGCUCGGUGUAUGGGCAGAUCCACAUCGAAGAAGAAUCCACCAUCAGGUAUUCUUGGCAAGAUGAGAUCGUGCAGGGCAGUUGGAGACGAAGGAAGCAGGGUGACCACGAGGGAGAGAUUAUGAAUGUUCCGGAAGCUUCUCCGGCAGACGCCGAAAGAACUCAUUGGACAGAACAGUCUAGAAGUGGCGAAUUUCAUGCCGAACCCACAAUUACUGAAAAAGAGAUCAAAAUACCCCAUGAGUUCCAUGCCUCCAUUAAGGGGGUCUCGUCCAAGGAGCCCCGGCACCAGCUGGUGGAGGUCAUUGGGCAGCUGGAGCAAACCCUACCAGAGCGCGUGAAGGAGGAGCUGUCUGCCCUCACCAGGGAGGAGGACAGCGAGCUGGGGGGUGUGUCGGUUGAUGUCAAGAAAGUCCAGACCCCUGGCAGUGGUUCCGUGACCUUGGUGGCCGAAGUCAACCUGUCACAGACGGUGGAUGCCGAUCAGCUGGAUGUGGAGCAGUUGAGCAGGGAUGAGGCCAGCGAGAUAGAGAAAACCGUGGAGUCCGUGGUACGAGACAAUGUGACCAGGCGACAGGGUCAAGCACCCGGAAGCCCAGACAGGGAUGAGAGAAUGGAGUCCCCAGUUUCUGGCCUUGGCUUCAAGCGCUGGGCCACCAGGGAACUGUACAGCCCUUCUGGUGAGAGGGAAGAUGGCGGCCGGGCCUCUUACAGCAUGGAACAGCUCAGCCCCCAGGGCCCCGUGUCGGCCACCGUGGAAGUCAGCAGCCCCCAGGGCUUUGCCCAGUCUGUGAGGCACGUGCAGCUUGGUCCCACUGCAUUCUGGAAGACUGAGCAGGUCUCCUAUGAAGGACCCACGGUGCAGGUGGCGCAGAUGGACGUGAGUAACGUAGAGGCCACCCCGCGCUGGACACCAGGGGCGGGGACAGAAGGGGAAGCUCCCAGUGCAUCUGGCUGGGGUGCCUGGAGAGACGCUGGCAGUACGUGUGACCCAGCCUCCGGCACAAGCUUUCAGGCGGCUGCUGGGGACAGACACCAGGCCCAGGGAGAGCAACACACGGAAGAGGCCACGUUUGACAAGACGGUGCAGCUGCAGAGAAUGGUAGACCAGAGGUCUGUGAUCUCGGAUGACAAGAAAGUUGCACUGCUUUAUCUAGACAAGGAGGAGGAGGAGGACGAUGGGCAUUGGUUUUGAUAAAACGGAAAUAUUUUCUUUUAAACAGCAUCUUUUUUUGGUAACCUACCACCAGUCAGAGGCCUUUACUUAUUUUAAGAGGCAAGGGGAGGCUUGCUAUAAAAACUUCCCAUAUUGUACUUGCUUUCAAGACUACUCCAGGCGAAGACUAGCCGGUGGCAUGGCGGUUAAAGCACUGGAUCCCACAUGGCCGACUGCGCCGUUCGAACCUCGG